AUGACAACCAGCAAGGCACCAGCCUCCAUCUCCGAGAAAGCUUCUACCCUCGCUACGGGCAAGGGGAUACCUGGCAUCGACCCUAAGCUCCCUACUCAUACCCCUCCCGCUUCCUAUGAUGUCCUCUCAAGUGGCAAGACCAGACCUGUGCAAGUGGCCAAGUGGCCUCCGAUGCCGGGUGGGGUCCCUCUCCCCAAGGGAGGCAUCGGCGGAGUAUGGCGGGGAGCUUUCGAGGUCGCUUCUGCAUACACCGCCUUCAAUCUUGAGAGACAACGCUUCGCUAAUAUCAGCAGGUUGGGCACCUUGUGUCGUGUGGUGGUCUGGCCAGUGAUCCCUCUCGUGGGGCUCUUCCACUACAUCCGUCAGCGUGACCGCGACUGGUAUGCUUUGGAACUGCUCAGGUCUAGAUGCAAGAGCGAAGACUGUGCUGCCUUCUACGACUGGACCAUGCCGGCCUCCUCUGGUCACUGGAGGAUGCAGAACGAUCUCGAGAUUAUUCGUCGAGCCGCAAACGUCGAAGACUGA